UUCGGUGUAAACUAGGCCAGAGUAUAUGCGAGUAACAUACACAAAUGGAUCUACAGACGUGUUUUGUGCAGUUUUUUUUAUAUCAGAUUACUCACAAAAAAGUUUCAUUCAUACACAAUGUUAGUCCCACAGACUCCAACAAAACUUUGCUGGCAUGCCGUUUGAAUUCUAGUUGACCAAAAAAAUUGAUCAACCAUAUCAAUCGAAAGAGAUUUCAAUUUUUUUUUACCUCUUGGUCCGAACCUCUUAUCUCAUUCCGUCUUUACACAGCAAACGUUCGAAGCUUUAUAUGGAGUCUUUCAGACUCGCUUGUGUGUUUAAGGAUUAAUAGAAUAGAAAAAUUAAUCCAUCGUUUUAAAAAAUAUAUUGAAAGAGUGACAUUAAGGAAGAUAUAAAGAGUUGUUUUAUUUCAUUUACUUUUUUUUACAUCAAAUUAUUUUUUUAGUUUAUGUCAAUUUUUACCAAGUAAGAUUAUUAUUGUUAAACGUAAGACUUUAAGUACUUGCCGAAAAUGAGAAGAUUGCUUCCAGAACUGUCGCGGAAAAAGAAAAGAAAAAAAAAUACUCUUUCGAUCGAUAAGCUCUAUUCGAAGAGAACAUACAUUACUAACAUAUGCUAAGCGGCGCGCCUGUCAAUAGGGUUUCGCUUUCCCCUAAGUUGUAUUUAUUGUCAAAAGAAUAAAUACUAUUAUCAUCCGUACGUGUCCGUGCGGUAAGCUACGCCAUGCGUUGCGGAAACGCGUGUGAUAACUAUUGGAAAAUUAUAGGCAUAUAGCAUGCACGUUUGUAUUAUGCAAAUGUAUGCAUCACCUGUCCAGGAUCUUAAACUGUCCCUCGUACCAAGGGGACCAAGGAAAGUUUUAAGUAAAAUGAAAUGAGUUACUUAGAUAAAGUCAGAGACAAAAGAUUAUUUGCGACUAAAAGUAUGGACGCCAACUGGAAUCAUUACUAUGGUGUUGUUAAGAAAAUAACAUCAUUGUCGGGUCAGUGGCCCUAUCAGAAACCAAUAACGAGAUUGUUGUGUGUGCUCUUAGUGACUUUGAGUACAAUUUCUAUGAUUAUUCCACAGGUAGCGAAAUUUUUUAAAUGUGACGGAAACUUGCAAUGUAUCUUUGAAACCAUGACAUCUUACAUGUUGACAAGUGUAACGUUGGUGAAACUAUACACGUGUUAUUUCAACCGAUGUAAAGUACGUAAAAUUAUUCAUUUGUGUGGCAUUUGUAUUUAUAAUCUCUACUGUCUGUUUCAGUUAAACUUGAGCUGAAAAGAACAGAUCUCGUAUCUUAAAUCUCAACGUUAUGUUUACGUGCGUGCGUGCGUACGCGCGUGCGUGCGUGCGUGCGUGUGCGUGCGUGUGCAUGCGUGUGCGUGCCUGUGCGUGCGUGUGCGUGUGCGAGUGCGUGUGCGGGCGCGUGUGCGGGCGCGUGC